UGCUGUGGAAACAGGAGAGGAGCAGGGGAGCCUGGGAAGUGGAUGACACGGACGGCCAGCCCUAGUCGGAGCUGCCGCUACGUUUAGGAGGAACAGCGGUGUCCUGUGGCUCCCACCCUCCAGGGGGGCCGGGGAAGGGGUGGUGUCAGGGGCAUGGACGCUACCCCCCAGGGGUCUCUGCUGCCGGCUACUCUCCUCUCCACGCGCUGUGAGUUGAGUUGCGGGGGACUGGGGUUUGGGCCCCUAAAUCCAAGGCAAGCGGGGGCUUGGGAACAGCUCGUUCCUGAGGGAGCUUGCACCAGAGCCCCUUCCAAAAACUAAACCCCCCCUGCUGGCCAGCACUCCGCAGGGAGAGAAAGGGAGGUCCAGGAAAAUGUGGCACUGGGGUCUUCUGGAAAGGGGUCACAGCAUGCACAAGAAAUAAGGAGUAAGCUGGAGGAACAGGAGUCUCUGGAGGGAAGGUGCAGAAAUCAAGUGUAUUUCACACCUUUACCUCCCCACUGAGAAAUAUGCAGCCUCCGCUCAGGAAGACAGGCGAGGGGACACGAAGUAAGGCUCGCCUGGAUCCCUGGGGCGGUGGAAAGCAAGAGAAUUCUGGGGGUGAUCCGACCCUGGGGUUCCUGCCCACCCCUGUGCAGAGAGAUCUGCCUAAGCAGGCAGAUGGGGGCUCAGAUGACCUAAGACCCCGAGAGAACAUCUGGAAGCCUUCCUGGGGCUGACGCUAGGAAAAGUGGGAACCAGGUACUCUUUUGCAUGACUUGGGGUCUCUGAGCCAGUCAGUGCUUAGAGAGAACUUCUAGCGGGCAUCCCUGGCUGCAAGGAGGGAAAGGGAAGCUCAUUGUGGGGGGAGGGAAAGACCCUGAUCUGCACUGGACCCUGUGUCCCCUGACUCCUCUUGGAAAAUCAAUGUGGGGGAGGUGUCCCUAACUUCCAAGGCGUCUUUUUUUAUUUUUCCUCCUGCCCUCUACCCCAAACACACACACACACACACACACACACACUCCAGCCGAACACCUCAUUCCAGAACUUAAAUUCUGGAGCGCUGGGAUUGGAGUUGUAUAUCCGAGCAGUCUCUCCCCGGGGCCUUGGUCAAACAUCCAGGCCAUCUGUGAUCCUUGUCGCCUUCCUCCUGUCCAGCCGCCCCUCCCCCAUCCCAGCCAACCCAGGUUUCCCUGGAGUGGGCGGAGAGAACGAGUCCCAGGAAGAAGGGAAGGUUGAACAGGACCACGUCCUUCUUCUAAAGCUUUCCUUGCAGGGGUCUGGGGCCGGGGGAGGGGCUCUGGACCUCUCUCUCAGCACACUGCAGCCCAGAUUGCUCCUGGGGGGAAGGAUCUGAAGCGAAAUCAGGCCCCCUGCGGCCGCCGCCAUGGCGCGGGCCGGCGCCCCCCGCUCCCCGGGCCCCGAGCCGCCGCGCCGCCGCGGCCGCCAGCGCUACGUGGAGAAGGACGGCAGGUGCAACGUGCAGCAGGGCAACGUGCGCGAGCCGGGCCGCUACCUGACCGACCUGUUCACCACGCUGGCCGACCUGCAGUGGCGCCUGAGCCUGCUCUUCUUCGUGCUCGCCUACGCGCUCACCUGGCUCUUCUUCGGCGCCAUCUGGUGGCUGGUGGCCUACGGCCGCGGCGACCUGGAGCACCUGGGCGACGCGGCGUGGACGCCGUGCGUCAACAACCUCAACGGCUUCGUGGCCGCCUUCCUGUUCUCCAUCGAGACGGAGACCACCAUCGGCUACGGGCACCGCGUCAUCACCGACCAGUGCCCCGAGGGCAUCGCGCUGCUGCUGCUGCAGGCCAUCCUGGGCUCCAUGGUGAACGCCUUCAUGGUGGGCUGCAUGUUCGUCAAGAUCUCGCAGCCCAACAAGCGCGCCGCCACGCUCGUCUUCUCGUCGCACGCCGUGGUGUCGCUGCGCGACGGGCGCCUGUGCCUCAUGUUCCGCGUGGGCGACCUGCGCUCGUCGCACAUCGUCGAGGCCUCCAUCCGCGCCAAGCUCAUCCGCUCGCGCCAGACGCUGGAGGGCGAGUUCAUCCCGCUGCACCAGACCGACCUGAGCGUGGGCUUCGACACGGGCGACGACCGCCUCUUCCUCGUGUCGCCGCUCGUCAUCAGCCACGAAAUCGACGCCGCCAGCCCCUUCUGGGAGGCGUCGCGCCGCGCCCUGGAGAGGGACGACUUCGAGAUCGUCGUCAUCCUCGAGGGCAUGGUGGAGGCCACCGGAAUGACCUGCCAAGCUCGGAGCUCCUACCUGGUGGACGAGGUGCUGUGGGGCCACCGGUUCACGUCGGUGCUCACGCUGGAGGACGGCUUCUACGAGGUGGACUAUGCCAGCUUCCACCAGACCUUCGAGGUGCCCACACCCUCGUGCAGCGCCCGGGAGCUGGCCGAGGCCGCCGCCCGCCUAGACGCCCAUCUUUACUGGUCCGUCCCCAGCCGGCUGGAUGAGAAGGUGGAGGAGGAGGGGGCCGGGGAGGGCGCGGGCGGAGGGGCUGGCGCGGACAAGGAGCAGAACGGCUGCCUGCCGCCCCCGGAGAGCGAGUCCAAGGUGUGACCAGUUUUCCUCCAGACCCCUGUGGCAGGGCCAGACACCGGUACCUGGGAGCUGGAUGGCGCGGGCGGAGGAGGAGGCAGGCAAGGCCCCCUCGGGGGACGCGCUGAGGCCGGAGAGCCCCCUCAGAAUGGCAAGCCCAGAAUCCAGCGGACGGCGCGGGGCCUGGUUUCGGGAGGACGGACGGUGGGGACGGGUAACGUGCCAGCCUGUGUGUGUUCGGCCCUCACGUCUGUUCACGGGUGGACGGAUGGACAGAAGGAUGGAUCUAUGCGGGGCUGGAUGGGGAGACGGGAGCAGACGGACGGACGCCAACGGGGAGGUAGACGGACAGACGCAGGUGGCGGGCCCGGGGCCGCUGCUCGGCCCUGGGGCAUCUCUGUGCGAAUUCUGGAAAGGCGCCCUUUCCCUCCGGAACCGAUGCCGUCCGGAACCAGAGGGCACGGCUUGGGGAGCGGAGUGCGGGCUGGGUUUUAGUCCCCACUCACCUCCCCGGCCAGCCUCCCCGUGCUGCGGCCCACCUGUCUCGCUGGACACGGUGGCCCGAGCUGACCCCGAGGAGAGAACGCCGCGCGGACGGAGGUGGGCCGGGCCGAGGGUGCCCGCCCCGCCCCGCCCCCACCACUGUGACCGGAGCAGGAGGGCGAAAGGCUGCGGGGGUGGCUCGGCCGGGUGUGAGUGACCUUGCCCCCACGUGCAGGGAGACAGGGCCCCGGGGAAGGAGGAGCAGGGACAGCUAUUUUCUGACAGCGCGACGAGAUCUCAUAAAUAGCACUGCAGCGGCAGGAGAGGAAGAGGGACGCUCUGGGGAAGAAGAAGGGCCAGGAGAGAUCUAGAAAGUGAGUUCGCUCGAGCUAGGGUACAGGGGCCCGUGGGAAAGCGGAGUUUGUCCCGGGGCACGGUGACCUGGGAGCCACUGGCGGGGUUCACCGGGUGCACGUUGGGUACAGAGCACUGACCCGGUACAGGCGGGGCGGGCGUUCGGAGACCUGGUUCCUGUCCUCGGGACACGGUGUCCCUGAGGCAACCGCACCAGGUGUGGCUCAAACAGAACCCGACCGUCUCUCGGAGCAGAGGGCGGGAGGGUUCGGUGAUGGGAAAGCUGGGGGCUGAGUAAGGCCCAGAGAACGACAGAGAAUGAGUGAGCCAGCACUUGUCAAAUUGGCGUGUCCAUCAGAGUCGCCUGUAGACCUUGUGGAAAUGCAGGCGGCUGGGCCCCGCUCCCGGAGUUUCGGCCUCGAUAGGUGUGGGGUAGAGACCAAAAACUUGCAUUUCUAGCAAGUUCCCAGGUCAUGCCGAUGCUGCUGGUACGGGGGCCACACUUUGAGAACCACUGCUCUACAUAGACUUGGAAGUCACGUCAGGAGGUAGGGCAUUUGAGCUGAGGAGGAGCUGAAGGGUGGUUGAGGGGGAGCUGAAGGGGAAUUGUGGAGAAGCUGAGGGGGAGCCGAGAAGAAACUGAGGAGUAGCUGAGGGGAAGCUGAAGGGGAAGCUAAGGAGCAGCUGAGGAGUACCUGAGGGUAGCUAAGGAAUAGCUGAGGAGAAGCUGAAGGGAAGUAGCUGGGGAGUAGCUGGGCCGAGGGAAAGCUGAGGAGUAGCUGAGGGGUAGCUGAGUAGCUGAGGUGUGGCUGAGGGGAAGCUGAGGAGUAGCUGAGCUGAGGAGUAGCUGAGCAAAAGCUGAGAGUAGCUAAGGAAUAGCUGAAGAGAAGCUGAAGGGAA